AGUGCUGUUGUUGUUGUCACAGACAUGGCGGACCUAGCAUGAUUGUAAGGCAACUUUUCCUUAGUGUUUUAAAUAUUUCUAAACGUGUUCCUUCUGUUUAAAUUAUAAAACGCUGUUGUUCAGAUACGGAGUUUACGCAGAAAUAUCGCGCUCUGUGUCGGGUCGUCGUCGUUGUUUUGUGCGUGUGUUCGCAGCCGCUGACACUGACAGCAGGUUCACAGAUGUGCACACAGACCAGAGCUGCGGCCAUCAUGGCGAACAUACAGCAGGCAGACAUCGACCCGGCCGGUGUUUUCAAAUACGUCCUCAUCCGAGUUCACAGCCGGGAGGAAGGAGACGACUCUGAGGUGGACAUCGUCCGAGGAUACGGCUGGGCCGAGUAUCACGCCGACAUCUAUGAGAAGGUUUCUGAGGAGCUGGAAAAGGACGGAGUCCUGGACUGUGAGUGUGUCGGAGGAGGGAGGAUCAGACACGAUGCUCAGGACAAGAAGAUCCACGUGUACGGAUACUCCAUGGGAUAUGGAAGAGCAAAUCAUGCGGUCACCACAGAGAAACUAAAGGCCAAGUAUCCAGGCUACGAGGUGACGUGGAGCAACGAAGGAUACUGAGCUGACGCUGGCGCCCUUUCUCCUGGACUCACAGCAUCGUAGUGAACUGUAACACGUCACAACAUCUCAGUAUAAAACCUUAGAGCACUUGAUACAAAGCUUAUUCAGAUUCUUUUAAGGCUCUUUUUCACACCUGAAUUGACGACGUAUGCACAGUCUCUGCCUGGUUUUUAUUAAACCAGCCUGACUAUUUGCUCUGCUGUUGUCCCCUCAUUAGGCUGGAAUUUGAACACCUUUUCAUUUCAUUACCACUAAAACGACUACUAAAAAGGCAGCGUAAACAUGUAUGGUCUUUAUUGGAACUUUUAAUCACUAACCUUUCGUUAAAAAAAAGUUCCCCUGAACGACAACUAACGGGAAGUAAAGGAGCUGGUUUACACACUAGAGGAAGUUGUAAGUGAAGCUCUGCGCGUCAUGUAAAAUAAACAACACGCUGACUGAAUCUCAUCUCAUUGUAAUACGUUUGAAACGUCAGUAAGUCAUCAUCUACCGCUUUAUCCUCCACCAGAGGGUCGCUGUGCCAAUCUCAGCUACAUCGGGGGAUAGGCGGGGUACACAGUUCGCCAGUCCAUCGCAGGGCCACGCACACACACAUGGAUAGAGACAAACAACCAUUCACUUUCACACUCACUCCUAUGGUCAAUUUAGAGUGUCCAAUUUACCUAAUCCCCACAUUGCAUGUUUUUUCGACUGUGGGAGGAAGCCGGAGAACCCGGAGAGAACCCACGCACACACGGGGAGAAAUGCAGAAAGGCCCCUGUGCUAACCACUACACGACCGUGUGGCGUUUGAAACAUUCAAAGAUUAAUUAAUGAGUAAUUAUAAUGUUCAUUUCAUGACUGCCAUUGUUGAUAAACAAGAAAAACCAAAA